UUCUGUUCUGUUUGCUUUUUUUCUUUUGCUUUUUGGACAGUUUGUGAGCUUUAUCCCUCCUCGAUGCUGCCGUUCGAUGCAAUCCUACACCCCAGGCAAAAGCAAAAGUACGUCUCCAUAGACGACGAUCUCCCAGCCCCCGCGCGCCCCGAAAAGCGGACAUUUCAAACAUCGAAAUCCCGCCAGGGAUGGCGGUUCGGCGCCGUGAAUUGCGCCAUAGCGGCCACUGUUGUGUUCCUCGUCAAUCUGAUCAUGACCAUCGUCUGCGCGACAUUUGAAGGCGAUCACGAAGGGACGCUGUAUGUUGGCGAUUGCGAAAAAGUCAAACAAAUCAAUAAAGGAAUGCACAUACUCAUUAACAUCCUAAGUACGGUGCUACUUAGUUCAAGUAAUUACUGCAUGCAGUGUCUCUCAGCGCCAACGCGGAGGGACAUAGAUGUCGCGCACGCAAAAGGCAAGUGGAUGGAUAUUGGGGUGUUGAGUGUUCGUAAUCUACGUCGCAUUAGCAAGAAGCGGGUGAUGCUGUGGGCCCUUCUAGGACUCUCUUCGCUUCCGCUACAUCUAUUCUACAACUCUACGAUAUAUAUGUCUAUUUCCGCUUUUGAAUAUCGAGUUGCUGCAGUCGGGCAAUCGUUUGUUGAUAACCCUGACUGUAAAGGAUGUUCCACUAUUCUCGACCGCACAGCCGUCGAUCUUGCCAACAAUACAAAACCCGAUAGAGGCACUAGCUGUGGCUUUUACAAUAUCAAAAAUGGCACAGCUUUCAACAUAGCAGUCGCAUCUUUACACGAAAAAGCUCACACUGGCCUUCUUGAUAGGAUCGAGCCCAUCGACUGUAUCAAUCAAUAUGGUCAAAUGAUACAAUCAAAACACGGAAGCUUAAUUCUAGUUUUUCGGGAUGAAGAUGUUCCUUCAGUAAGAGAUGAAUGUAUGAGCGCAAACUCGCCGGUGUUUUUCGCGGCAGAAACAAAAGAACCAGGGGUAGACUAUAUAGAUGUCCCAUAUCACUGGAUAUGUCCAACAGCCCAAAUCAACAACUCUCCGGGCUGUGACGGACAAAUGGAUCUGGACAAGGUGAAGCAGUCCCCCGCAAAUUGGACUGUCGGCUUUUAUCCUUGCAGUGAUGGAGACAAUAGUCGAUACACCACUUGCAGUCGCAAUUCGAGAGGCCCGAUACAGUACUGUUUGAGUGAGAAAGUGGAAGCUAGGUGCGAACUUCGAUGGAGUAUCGCGAUCGCAGUGGUGGUUAUAUUACUUAAUGCUUUCAAAGCGUGCUUGAUAUUCUACACAGCAUUCCACAUCGACGAAAACCCCUUAAUGGCUGUAGGAGACGCCAUCGUCUCCUUUCUUCAAACUCCGGAUCCAACCACCGUCAACAUGUGCCUCUCAUCCCAAAAGGAUUUCACAAGGGUAGGCGACACUUUCAGCGCGGGACCGCGGCGCUGGGAUAACAAAAGAUAUCAAUGGAGACAUAGUGUCAGUAGAACUAGGCGAGCGGUCACCUUCUUGAUGAUGUCGAUCGCUAUUGGAGUCGUCAUUGGCCUACUGUUAAUGGGCCUCUAUAAUCUAACAGGAGUCGAUAAAACUUCCUUAGUGAGUAUCGCUCGCAUUGGUUUCGGUGCUUUGGACCCCCGCCAAUUCAUUGGCCUCGGAUUUAAUGACGUAUUGCGUAAUACGUUGGUGGUCAAUUCAGGGCAGGUCAUUGUAUCUUUUAUCUACUUUUCGUAUAACGGUCUAUUCACUUGUAUGCUUCUGGGGUACGAGUGGGCGAGUUAUUCAUCUGAACGAAAGGGAUUAAGAAUUACUGCCAAAGCAAAGGGAGCUCAGCGGUCGACCUACUUCCUGUCUUUACCAUACCGGUUCGGAUUACCUUUGAUGGCGACCAGCAGUCUCUUGCACUGGCUGGUGUCACAAAGUAUCUUCUUUGUCUCGAUUGACAGAUACGAUGUCGAUGGUAAAUACACAAAAACGGAAUCUACGUGCGGGUACUCUAAUAUUGCAAUAAUAGCGGUUAUCGCCGUUAGCGUUGCAAUGCUGCUGUUCGUGAUCGGAAUUGGCUUUAUUCCCUACAAAGAGGGCACAAUUAUGGUCGGCAGCUGCAGCGCGGCAGUGAGCGCAGCAUGUCAUCCGAUGUCCAAGAAUAUAAAAGGAGAAGAUCUGGUUUGCAGGAAACUACAAUGGGGUGUGGUGGGGCAACGAUCAGACGGUGUUGGACACUGCACUUUCACGGAUGGACAGGUGGAGCCGCUGAUCAAAGAGAAUAUGUAUGCGGCGGGCUCAUAA